AUGCGAGCAGUCGAAGAUGACGACUGGUUAGCAUCAGACGAGGACGCGGCGCAUGCGCCAAUGGAAACUCGAGACCGUAUCAAAAUGGAAAUGCAAAUGUACAAUAUGGGCUAUCGCGAAGGACUAGAAAACGGCAAACUAUCUGCGCUACAAACAGGAUUUGAUCAAGGAUACAACCAUACAGGUGUCGAAGCAGGGCUGGCUUUUGGUGAGCUUCGAGGCCAAGUAGAUGCCUUCAUCAGUUUCAUAAGGCAAGAAACAGCAUCAUCGGAGCAUAGUAAGCUGCUGGAGGAACUCUUUGCAGUAAGACAUGAGUUAUCAACCCUGACACUUGACGAUCUUGCCGAACCAGAUUGGGAAUAUGUCCAGCAUGAACUCGAACAUCAUACAUACGGUGGCUCUGUAACUUUAUCAUCAAAGCAGGCUGAAUGGGCGGCGCUUGGUAACCGCUUGGGAAGCAUUCGCACACGACUAGAAAAGUGCUGGCAUAUAUGGACUGAUGUUGAAUAG